GGGGUUGCCUCUGGUUGCCUCUGGCUGUCGCUGACCGAGUAUUAUCUGGCUAGGCUUGAGAGCCACCAGUUGUCGUCCCCGUGAUGGCAGAAACAGGACGGGUGUGUGCGAUUGAGAACCCAUCCUGGGUGCAGCUGCAACGUGUCACACAUGAGCGAGCGUCCUUUUUCUUGUGUCUCGUAUGCUUGCCGCAACUCAGGCGCGCUCCAGAAUACCGAUAGAUGCAGCCGAACUGUCACACACACGUACCACAUCCACACACUCUCGCCCUCCUUCUCGCCCUUGCUUUCCAUCUCGUGCUCGCUGCCAUGCUCACGCUCUCCCAUCUAUAUGCGCUCAUGCACACCUGGUGGUGGGCUGGCGUAGAUGGACGUCGACGACCGCAAAUGCCGGGGCCAUCGGGACUAUCUAUCGGCACCACCACGGUCUAUUCAGAGUCACCGAUUCCAGACGUUAGACCAGAUGCGGGAAUAGGCGCGGGAUGGAUUGUAGAUGCAAGUCGCGGGCUUUUUUUUUUUUUUUUCUCGGACGCUACACCCGCUGUCCAUACCCGGCGUUUCGCGCGAUAGAAAUACCCGCAGACUGCAGAUAGAUCCCGCCUUUCCUCUUGCAUCGUCUGGCCUGGUACCUCCUCGUCGUAGGUAGGUACUUGACCGACGGC